UUGCGGACAUACGCCUUAAAUCAAAGAUCUAGUCUAGCUGGUGGUGGUAACUACUGUGAACUACUCCACAGUUUUGCUCAAAUCGAAGAUCGAAACCCUAGAAUAAUUGCAAGGAUCUGUAACGUGAUAAAGGGCAUUUGAAUUAUAUAUGUGUAUACAUGAACCGUAGAGAUUAUACGAUAGUAUGGCGAAGCAUUCGACGGUGUUGAUCUCAUUACGGAAGAGAUGGCCAAUGAUGAUUCUUGUAUUGUUCUCGCUCUCCACUGCCAUCGUGUUCUUCACCAGAGCUUCCUUCGAUUAUUGUAACACUCAUCAUUACGAAGACGAUGCAGACAACAAUAUUCGCACGACUGAGCGAGUCGGAACCCAGGAAAAUCCACUUAGUUUCAUGAAAUCAAAGCUGGUUCUCUUGGUUUCUCACGAACUCUCUCUUUCUGGUGGACCUUUACUAUUGAUGGAACUAGCAUUUUUGUUAAGAGGUGUUGGUACGGAAGUUGUUUGGAUCACUAACCAGAAACCAGCAGAAUCAGAUGAGGUGAUUUACAGUUUGGAGCAAAAGAUGUUGGACCGAGGAGUACAGGUAUUUUCUGCAAAGGGUCAAAAAGCUAUAGAUGCAGCUCUUAAAGCAGAUUUGGUCAUCUUAAAUACAGCUGUUGCUGGAAAGUGGCCGGAUGCUGUUCUCAAGGAAAAUGUCCCUCGUGUUCUUCCAAAGGUUUUGUGGUGGAUUCAUGAAAUGCGAGGGCAUUACUUUAAAGUGGAGUAUGUCAAGCACCUCCCUUUUGUUGCAGGUGCCAUGAUUGAUUCACAUACGACAGCAGAAUACUGGAAGAACCGGACUCGUGAGCGUUUAGGGAUUAAAAUGCCUGAGACCUAUGUUGUGCACCUUGGGAAUAGCAAAGAAUUGAUGGAUGUAGCUGAAAACAGUGUAGCAAAAAGGGUUCUCCGUGAGCAUGUCCGGGAAUCUCUUGGAGUGCGGAAUGAAGAUCUUCUCUUUGCCAUCAUCAAUAGUGUUUCACGAGGGAAAGGUCAGGAUCUAUUUCUCCGUUCCUUCCAUGAAAGUUUGCAACUCAUCCAAGAGAAGAAACUGCAGGUGCCACCAAUGCAUGCAGUAAUAGUAGGAAGUGACAUGCAGGCUCAGACCAAGUUUGAAACAGAACUGCGUAACUUUGUGGUAGAGAAAAAAAUUCAAGAUCAUGUACACUUUGUCAACAAAACCCUGAAUGUAGCUCCUUAUCUGGCUUCAAUUGAUGUCCUUGUUCAGAACUCUCAGGCACGAGGGGAGUGCUUUGGGAGGAUAACUAUCGAGGCUAUGGCUUUUCAGCUGCCUGUAUUGGGCACAGCAGCUGGGGGCACAAUGGAAAUUGUGGUAAAUGAAACAACUGGAUUGUUGCAUCCAGCCGGGAAAGAUGGUGUAGCACCACUUGCAAAGAACAUUGUCCAACUAGCCACACAUGUCCAGACGAGACUGACAAUGGGAAAGAGGGGUUACGAGAGGGUGAAAGAAAGGUUCUUGGAACAUCACAUGUCACAUAGAAUAGCUUUUGUGCUGAAGGAGGUGUUGCAGAAAUCAAAGAGCCACAGUUAUUCUUAGAUUGCAAAAGCAUGUGUACCAUUAUGUCUUGAAAUAUUUUGAUGAGCUUGCAUUCUUUUGGGGGUUACGGCCGUUACGGGUAUUGUGGAAGAUUGUCCUAUCAUGAGUUUAGUAGAGGGCAAUUCCCAUACUACUGAAAGGUCUUUUGUACCACAUGUAACAAGAAACUUUGUUCAUUGAAAAGGUGAGUUGCCAAAUAGUAGUCAUUUUUUCUUUUUGCAUAA